AUGACGACGCUGGCUGCUUCUACUCUCGAGCCGAAAGCCAAAGCCUCAAACUCUGCAGCCCAGACUCGAUGUGUUCAUCCAGGUUUGACCGAGCACCUCACAGCUGCUGAGCUGCAUCACUUUCACAAGCUCUUCCCGGGUGCCACUGUCGACGAGACCGCAUUCGAAUCGAACAGGCUCCGCUUCCGGCUGGGGCAGCACACACCAGGUUUCGUUUGCGCCUCCAGCUCAACUGCUCCGGGCCAAGACCGGCAAACGGUCGACAC